GCACUAGUCAGACAGUACACGGAUGGUACCGUCAAACCCCUGUUCUGCUUUGUUAUCAUUUUUUAAUUAUAAGAAGUUGCUCCGUUGCUGUUAGUUAUUAGCGUUUUGCGAUAAAUCGUUGAACUUGGAAUAUCAUCAGUAUGGUAUUAAACGAAGUUAACAAACUUAUUGCUGAUCUCGAGAAGGCUGAGCUCGAGGCAGCAACUGGAGCAGCUUCAGUCCAUGUUUACUCUCAGCUACUGGCAGUUUAUCUUCAUCAGAAUGACUUGUGCAACGCCAAGUUUCUGUGGAAGAGAAUACCAGACGCUGCCAAGACUAACUGUCAAGAACUCUCACAAAUUUGGAAUGUUGGACAGAAAAUGUGGCAGAGGGACUGGCCAGCAGUGCAUACAGCACUCAAUCGUGAAUGGAGUGAUGAUGUCCGGGAUAUCAUGCUUGCAUUAAAAGAAAAUGUUCGUGAGAGGGCGAUGUCAUUAGUCUCCGAAGCCUACUCGUCAUUAGAUUUGUCUGUCCUUGCGGGAAUGGUCGGACAGUCGCUGGAAGACACUAAACAAUCAGUUCUAGAUCGGGGGUGGAGCCUCGACGACACAACAGUGAAACCUUGCAAGAUAGAGAAGGAGCAGUUCACCCCGAGUCCCACCACCCUUACCGAGGAUCAACUUUCUAAACUCACUCAAUUUGUAUCUUUUCUGGAAAACUAGAGAUGUUACCUCCCUAUUUAAGAAUUGAAAGGGCAGGAGGGGUAGAGAGCGUUGCUGAAAUGUGGAGACAUCUUUCUUUCGUGAAUAUUCAUCAUCUAACGAUCGAAGGUAUUCAAAGAUGUGGUCACCAUGAGUCAAAUAGUCUUAAAAGAAUUGAUAAAGUGCGAUAUUCUGUGCUGAUUAGUCGACGGCUGACCCUCACUCUCUUGCAAAUGGAUCUCGUCUGAUCAGAAGAUCUCACUGAUACAGGCUGGCCCUUUGCCUUGAAUCUAGUUUUAUUUUAAAGAUUUUUAAAAUAAAAUUCCCGAAGAGAAAACCCAUCUGAUUUGACGUCUUCAGCCACUUGCGUGAAUUCCCCUAGUUAUUGAAAAAAAAAAUGAAAAAAGAAAUUAUAUGUACGCACGGAGCUGUCGAAAAAAAUCUAAAAAAUUGAGGGAUAGUUUUUCUAGCCCCCAAUGGCAGAAAAAAAUGGAGAUCAAUUUUAAAGACGGUGAGGGUCAGCCGUUGACUCGUUUGCCUCACAUUAUCCCCCCAAGGAUGAGAUGAGAAUAAUUCAUAGAAUAAGAUUUGUCCACAUUUUCGCUUUCAUUUUAUAACCGUCCAGUCCUUUUCAAUGUUAAAUAAUCCUCCCCAUAAAUCAGAUUAAUAAUAAAGUUUCUUACGUAUAAAUCACAAA